AGAUAACAAUUUGUUAUUUAGAUAAGAAACGCAAUAAGUGUUACGCUAUCUAUAUGUUAAUACAAUAGUUAACAGGAAGUAAGGAUUACUUAACCUGAUUAAGAGUCGUGUGAUUACGCUUGAUUUGGCUUUAGUAACGUUAAACGUUUACGCACUACCGUCGAAAAAACAGACGUCGACAUGGAUAUGGAUUCGGCUUCCGAGUUAGACAUCACCCUACAGAGCCUGAUGACGUCACACCGGGGUAUCGUCAAUGCCAUGUUUCCUAAACCGGAAUCCAAACCAGGUGCACGUGGCGAGCCCAAGCGACUCGUUAAAACGAUGGACUUUGACGUGGAGUCUACCGAUUACACCGUGGCCGAGUUCUAUGAGCGCUUCGGUAAGGCGCUGCCCCAGUUGGUCAUGGUAACUGAGGGAUUCUUCGGAGACAUAAUUGAGGACACUUUUGACAGGACGAUGAUAAUCCGAAUCCAGACGGUAUCCAAGCAACGGCGUGUGGUCGCCAGGGCCGACAUGGGAGAUCACUCAAAACUGAUCAGCAUCCCCCUUACUUACCCUGAGGAAGUCUGUGUCAUCAAGAAGAACAAACUCAGUAAAGUGCAGACAAUCAAGGCGGUGCUAGACGGGAAUAGCCUCCCUUGUCACGUGCAGUUUCCCAAGGACAGAACAAUCAGCGUGGGAGGUCAGACCAUCAGCACCAACCACAUCCCAAAACUGCAGCUUCAGAAAGCUUUUGAUGAGAUGUACCUGCUGGGAAACUUCAUUGUCGACGGCGUGAUGGGACUCGACAUUGUAAACGUGCCUCUGUACCUGUCCCAACUGCGCGUGUCCAUCGUGAAGGGCCUUAAGGACACGCCCCCUCAAAACUGGCCUGGUUACCUGGAGGAACUAGCACGUUUUAGCUCUUAUCUAAAGUACGACAAAGAAUACGGGAACCAAGGUAUUGCCCAAUACGAUCCGUCAGCGGUGCAUUCAGACGCCGUCUACUCCUACGUGGAACCGAGUCUAUACUCAAACUUCGCCUCGGUGUUCCAACACCGUCGCGAAAACCUCAUAGAUAACUGCAUAGAUAACUCCAUAGACAACUCCACAUAUCAACCGGCAGACGAAAAAGAACAUGAAAACAUAAACUACGAGGAAAUCGGAAUAGAACGCGAGUCCGAAAUGUAUAAUGAGAUUACAGAUAAUACGAAGUCAUCAACGGCGACCUUUCGCACCGCUUUGAAUCAAGCCCCGUAUACACCUUCCAAAAGCAUGCCGGACAUGCAGCCGAUGAAAACACCUACUGCACCCCAGGUUUCUCGUCAGAAACCUUACCCGGCAUCAUCCGCAUCUAGAGUGUCUACUGUGCUGUCACACAGAGGCCAGGGCCCAUCUGACGUGGAAAAUGCUGCAUUUAAACAAGUACAAAACAGUCCGGUUUCCGCUAAAACCGGAUUUGUCCCACCCCCAAUCCCGAACAAACCUCAACGGAUAGCACCGACAAGUCCGGAGAUACAGGGCGACCCAAAGCUGCCUGCGCGCCAACCGAGGCCUCCCUCGCAAAUGCUGAGUCCUACAGAAGACAAGAAAGCCAUCUAUACGAACGACCUUCCACGGUCAUCUAUAUACCCAAUUCGACAGGAAUCUAAAGAUGCCAUUGAACGUCAGCAGGGACGCAUGUUAGAUCGAGCGCAGCCACUCAUAAGUGUAGAUACUCCUGAUACAACUGCUCAAGUUGCUGAACAUGUGCCUUUCGGUAGCGACAGCGUUGAUGUAGUCAAACUGUCUAUAAACGAUAUUUGUGAUUACCUCAAAGUACUGCGUCUGGACAAAUACGAGCCGAUGUUCCGAGAAAAUAUGAUUGAUGGUGAACUGUUGGUUGACUUGUCAAAAGAAGAUUAUGAGCAAGAGUUUGGUAUGACGGGACUUGAAGCGAUGCGAAUAUUGAAAUUCGCAAAGAAAGGUCAUUUGCCAAGAUAGAACGUCGCGAUGGUAAUACACAUUGUGCCUUGGGCACAGACACCAAUACAUAUCAACAAAAUGACGUCUUAUAGAUUAUUCUUCAUGCGUUUUAGUUUAUUCAUACGGAAUAUAUAAUUUAGUUUCCUGAGAAAUCAUAUCAAUGAUAUAAAUAUAUAUAUGUGUAUUUUGUUGAAGCAUUUAUGUAAAGCACCUUUGCGAUACAAUUUGUGUUGAAGUAUUGAAUAUAUUGCUGAUGAUUUGUCCUGACCAUAACUGUCUGUAUGGUCAUCUGAUCAAGUUUGACUUGUUUAACGUACAAUUUUAAUUAAUUAAAAUAAAUAGUAUAGGAGUACAAUUUCUACUUGUUUUGACUAUAUGUUUUUCUAACAUUUCCAAUGUUCAGUUUGUUAAACAGAAAUUAAAGCUGUAGACUUCU